GCACAUCAAUAUGAAUUUAGAUUGCGGAGUCAGCGCGAUCUUCCAUUCAAAAGGAUGCCGAAAGACAUUACCGCUGCAGUCGGGCUUGACGAGUCCAACGGACAUUGUCCUCCCAAAGGUUUGCUGGUUCAAUGACGCAUGGCGCUACGACUAAGCCUUUUACUCACAAGACUUCAUUCGAACGUUUGUUCAAGACCUCCUCCGAACAGAGGCAUCGGGCGUCGGUUUCGUGCCCCGAACCGAGGCUUCUCGUCCUGCGUUGCAUCGAGGAAUCCCGGCAUUGAAAAUAAAAAUGUUGUCUCCGGUCGAGCCACUGUGGCCUGGAGAAGUCCGUGCGCCGCACUGCUCAGAGGGGCGGUCAAUAUCAUUCAGAUCAGUCUGCAGGAUGCCUUGGAAGCGCCGACGCCGCACGCUCUGACAGUGUCCAAUGUCCGGCCGACAUCCAAAUGUAGUGUCAACCAGACGCCCAGUUGGCGGUUCGCUCCUCUCGGACACAGUCACGGUGAGUGUGUCCCUCUCUUUAGUACUUGCACAACCCGCUUCCGUUCACGAUGAUGAAGCUGACAAUGAGGACCUGUUCUUCGCCCUGGCUACGACGUCGUCAAGUGCUUGGCCACUUCAGCCGUCGUUUGACAUACGUGACGUAUCUUCCUCGCCUUCAGUGCGGGGCUAGAGCUCAGUUGUGCUCUGUAUUUGCUCAUAGUGACAAGCGCCU